UCGGCAGCACACGACGACGAGUCUCUCGCGCGCGCGUCUCUCUCUCGCACCGCGUCGGCACGCGAAAAUUAUAACAUAACGAAAGACAUCGUACGGCCGUCGUCGUCACUCGUCAGUCCGCCGCGUCCAGCCACGCGCCCAGCACGUCCGCCGUUGGGACCACGCACGCCGGUCGUUGUUUUGCGCGGGCGAUUCGUACGAUUUUCGGUCUGUGACAUUUUCGUUGAAAAUUUAUUUUUCUUUCCUCCACGCACGUUUUUUUUCAUUUUUUUUUUCGACGUAUUUCUUUCGUUAAUUUCGACCCGUUUUUCAUUAUUAUUAUUACUACACAAAUGCAGCUAAACGGAUCAUAUUAUUGUUAGUCCGUCACGCGUAUAUUACAAUAUAAUAUAUAUAUAUAUAUAUAUAUUAUUAUACUCAUAGUUUGAUAACGUUUGAUAAUAGUUUAAAGUUCGAUCGCUAGUACUCCGACGGUAUAAACGUGAUUAUAAAUUUCGACGGUACCAAGAGAAAAACGUCUGGCCAAGAAGUUCGAGCACUGCUUAAAGUGGGACCUGCUACGCAAUAUCAUCGCAUUAUCCAAUAUUGCACACGAGACUGGUGAUCGGCCGACCGACUGCAACUGCAGUACCAAACGACCGACCGACCGACGGGCACCACCCGACCACCAAUCGUCGCGUUAACCGGACCUAGUUCGGGUUGCGGUGCGAACAGUGGCCGGGAAAAGCCGUCAGCCAGCCAGACAGCCGCGCCAGCAGUCGUGCACAUCCGCAGUCACAGCCGCCGCCGUGCUGAACCGACCGCAACUGCCGUCCCCCGCAUCACCACCGCGACUCGUCUGGCCUGUCAGCGGCCUGUUCGCCCCAACCGCCGUACAGCCACCACCGCCUGUCAUGCACCACCAGGUGGCCCACCCACACUGGAUCGCCGCGGCCGUGCAGCCCUGGGGACUGCCCCAGCAGCUGGCCCCGUCGCAGAACAUGUUGGCAUUGGCCGCAAUGGCGCCAACCGCGAUGGCCCCGGCCACACCGGGCGCCGCGCCCAUCGCGUUCAUCGGACUGCACCCGCAUCACCCGCACCACCAUCACCCACACCAUCCGCAUCACCCUCACCACCCACACCACCACCCGCAUCAUCUGAACGCGAUGCCGGCGCAACCGCUGCAGCCGUCGCCGCCACCGCAGCACCCGAAUCAUAUGGCUGGCCAUCACUCGGCCACGACGGCCGCGGCUGCCGCCUUGGCGUUACUCAAUCAGCUGCACCACCACCAUCAUCAGCAACAACAGCAACAGCAACAGCAACACGAUCUCGCGCACUUGUUGCUCCAGCAGCAACAGCAUCAGCAGCACCAGCAGCUCCAACACCAGCAACAGCUCACUCCUCUGCCACAGCUACAGGUAAGAAAUUAUGAAAAUUUCGUCGUUGGAUCCCAGGAAAAUAUCACGUCAUACAUCGAGAUUCCGACCGACGAAGAGCCCAUUACAAACAAGCGUAAAUACUUGGCAGACGACCGGAGUGACUCGGGCAAAGAUUUGAAAAAAGCCAAGUUGGAAACUAAAGCACUGAAAGCGAAACGUCCCGGAUUUACCGAUGAAAGAUACAAUGAGACAUCGUACUAUAUUGAAAACGGUUUGAGAAAAGUUUACCCGUACUAUUUUACAUUCACUACAUUCACCAAAGGCAGAUGGGUAAAUCAAAAUAUACUGGACGUGUUCGCCAGGGAGUUCAGAGCGCAUCCCGCUGAAGAAUACGAACGUUGCAUUAAAUCUGGUUCGUUGACCGUAAAUUAUCAAAAAGUGGACACGCAAUACAAGUUGAAACACAACGAUCUGCUGGCUAACGUGGUGCACAGACAUGAAGUGCCGGUGACCAACGAUCCAAUCACAAUCGUGCACAUGGACGACGAUAUCGUGGUAGUCAACAAACCCGCGAGCAUUCCGGUUCAUCCGUGCGGUCGUUAUCGGCACAAUACGGUGGUGUUCGUGUUGGCCAAGGAACACAAUCUGAGAAACCUCAGGACCAUACACCGUCUGGACCGGUUGACCAGCGGUCUGUUGAUGUUCGGCCGGACGCCCCGGUACGCCCGCAUCAUGGAGGCACAGAUCCGCAACAGACAGGUGAACAAACAGUACGUGUGCCGGGUCGAAGGGAGAUUUCCUGAACAAACGAUUGAGUGCAAUCAUCCCAUCGAAGUGGUCAGUUACAAGAUAGGCGUGUGCAAGGUAUCCAACAAGGGUAAAAACUGUUCGACGACAUUCCAAUUGGUGGGCUACAACGAGAAGACCAACAUCAGUGUGGUCUUGUGCUUCCCGCACUCGGGACGCAUGCACCAGAUCAGGGUACACCUUCAAUACUUAGGCUUUCCCGUGAAGAACGAUCCACUAUACAACCACGUAGUGUUCGGCCCAGAAAAAGGCCGCGGUGGCGUUAUCGGCAAGUCGGACGAGCAACUGAUUCACGAUUUGAUAAAUAUCCACAACGCCGAAAACUGGUUGGGCAUGGAUGGCGAUUCGGAACUAAUGCCGAUAUUGAAAGAUGUAGACGUCGUUGAUGAAGGAAAAAAAUCACCCCCGGGUUUCAAGAAGAGCGAAUCGAUGGUGGAACAACAGCAUCAGUUGCAGAUAAAGGGCAGACAAGCCAAUCAGCUACAGUUACAGUACGAUAAUGCACUAAACGUGUCCACGCAGACAGGACAAGACGUGCCGGACAUGGAUUUCGACGCGGAGAAGCUCACGCACGACCCUCACUGCUACGAGUGUCGGGUGAAAUUCAGGGACCCGAAACCAAAAGACCUCAUCAUGUACUUGCACGCUUGGAAAUACAGCGGGCCUGGAUGGAGUUAUGAAACGGACCUUCCAGUGUGGGCAAACGUCGAAUGGAUGGAGCCAGAAUAAAUAUGAAAUAAUUAUGGACCUAUACAGCAACAGGGUGGGCCGAAUGAGUCGAUUGAUCGAAAAAAAUGUUAUUGAAAACUGCUAUUAAAACCAUUUUUUUUUUUUGGUCAACUGACUAUAUUUAUAAUAUAAUAUUGUGGCGGCCCCCCUUUGUAUAAUAUUUAAGUAUUUAUAAAUAAUAAUUAAAAUAAAAUAAUUACUAUUAUUCUUUAUCGUGGAUUUCGUAGUACUCGGAAGUAAUAAUAAAAAAUACAAAUAAAACAAUGAGUGCUCGCGGUUAUUAUUUAAAUUUUUUUUUUUAUUUUUAAUUGUAAAUAAUAACUGUCGUCUUACAAGAAAAUCUUUUUUCGAUUUUCAAUAUAAUUUUAAACAGUUAUACGCUGUAGCUAUAUACGCGUCAUACAAUAAUAAUUAUAAAUAUAAUAUUAAUAAACUAUACCAACACGAUAUCAUAGCAUAAUAAUUAUGUACGAUAAUUAUAUACUUCAUCAACGAUUAUUAUACUUUAUUUUACGACUGUGUGUCAUGUUUUUGUGUAUGCGUGUGCGUUUGUGUGUGUAUUUAGCGCGAGUGUGAUUUUUCACCAGCAUUUGACUUUUAAAAAAAAAAAAUCUACAAUAACUAGAAAUCAGACUCGGAAUUUUUGUGAGUUUUUUAAUAUUAUUCUUCGUCGUAAUUUUAGUCUCUUCAUUUUUUUUUCUUUAAAAUACUCUAUUAAUUUUAAGAUAAAAAUAUUAUACUACUACAAAUAUUGUUUGUAAGCAAAAGAAAAAAAAACACUUCAUAUUACCAAUAAUAAUUAAGUCAUUUAUUAUAAAAUAUAUAAUUAUACUAUCUACUAUCGUCUAUCGGGCUCUGUAACCGUUGUAUUCGCUAAGAUAUUAUGUUUUUUUGUGAUUAGUUUUGUGUUGGUAGUUAUGGUUUUAUUAUUGUUAGAGCUUAUGUAUUAUUAUUAUUAUUAUUAUUAUUAUUAUUAUUGUUAGUCAAAUAUUAUAGACACUUAUUACACUAGCAUAUACCUAUAGUAAUGAAUAAUAAUAAUUAUAAUUUAUAAUUAAUGUCAUUCUUAAUAUUAUUAUCAUUAUGUUUAUUAUCAUUAUUAUUAUUAUUAUAAUUAUAAUUAUCAUUAUUAUUAUUAAGCAUAACGGUUGGCCUACACCGAGCAAUAGUGCAGUGUUGUCCACAUAAGGUGAACCGAAACGCAGUUUUUUUCGUAGUCAUUUCCAUGUAACACUUAUAUAUGUGUCGUACUUAAUAUCUCUCGGCUUGACCAACAGUCAGUGAUUUCCAUAAUCCAUAAGUAGGAUUAGUAUUUGUUUUUAUUUCAAACUAUUGUAGUUAUUAUUUGUAUAGUGUGCUUAAUAGAAUAUUAAACAUUGAAAAAGAACAGUACCUAUUGUA